AUCCUAGUUCCAAGUCCCCUUUAAGUCAGAAGCUGCACUUCAUGAUGACAUGGAUAACUAUAUUGUAUCUCAUUCUUUCCUAGGAAUAGUCUGUUUUGUAGGCGAAGCUAAGCAAACAAAAUGGAAUAUGGAGCAACUGUCACUACAAGGAAUUUAUUUUUAGCCCCUACUGUAAAUCUGUAGAGUUCAGUUAUCUCCUUGGAUUUUUUUUUCUUUGAGAUAACAUUUACUUAACUGAAGGCCCUCCCAUGAAGGUCGUAGCUAAAUAUUAACCACUUAGUAGGAAGUGAAAAUGCUCAUUUAAAAACUGGAUUAUUUUAACACCACAAAAAUACAAUAAUAAAUAGGUCUAUUUUCCUUUUAAAAUCUGUGUCAGCUAAGCAUCGACGCAGAACAGGUGUCUGUGGAGUCAGACUAAGCUCGAAGACUGGGAGUGGAUGGGAGUGGCUGUACACCUGCCCAACCUGUUCGUGACAUAUGACUCCGGCAGAUUUUUAUCCUUGAGUCCUUUGUUGAGGUUAUCUGAACGGCGGUGGGAUGGCGGAUCCGACAAAUCCUGCAGCUACGUCUUUCCCAGCGCCGACAAUUUCGUUACCUUUGGGACCUGAUGUAUUAAGGACAUACUCCGGAGCCUUGAUAUGCUUAGAAAUUGUGUUUGGAGGACUGGUAUGGGUCUUGGUGGCGUCGUCCAACGUACCCGUGCCUCUACUGCAAGGCUGGGUGAUGUUUGUAUCCAUAACCAUGUUCUGCUGCUCUACGGCAUACCUGCUUUUGUUCUUACUGGGUUUGGCUGACCGAAUCAACACAAACUGGAAUUUCCUGGACAUGUUCUACCAUUUCAUUGCACUGCUUUGCUACUUUGGUGCUUUUCUGCUGGAGGCUGCAACUACAUCUGCGUGGACACUUACUAAUGGCACUGCCGUACCGAGUGGAAACAUCCUCACAGUCCUCAGUGUUCAGCAGCACAACAUUAAUGUGGCAGCUACUAUAUUUGCCUUCGUGGUAACCUUGUGCUAUGGAUGCAGCAUGUUCAUGGGCUUUAAAAGAUGGAGAAAGUAGUACUGAGAAACUCUUUCACAACAAAGACAUUCUCACACACAUUCUGUGGUGAUAUCCUACACAGGAUUAUUUAACAUUACAUGAUAUUUUAUGUUAAAUGUAAAGGGGUUAAAUGUCAGUCUUAUGCGAAAUCAUGCAGUAGGCUCAUGUAAUGUGGAUGCAUUUGUACUAUAUAUUAAUGUAUUCCGUGUUGACCUCAUUAAAUAUUUUCUAGGUCAAUUAUAUUUCACUGACUGUUAUUGAUUAUAAUUUGCACCAAGUAUUUCAGACAGAUUGGAAAAUAGUAAAGUUAUGUAAUUUUAGUUAUGUAAAUGUAUUUGUGCACUGCAGUUACAUACAAAACAUUUGCUAUAGGUUACUCCUAUACAAAACAUCUACUAUAGGUUUAAGAGCUAGUAUUUUAGAUUUUUAUUGUUGACUUUGCACUGGUAUAAUAAUUAGUAUAUCUAACCUAUUGUAUUAGGCUCAUUACUGUUCGAACUACGGCACAUUGGCUUGUGAUUGAUGAGAUAUUGUAUCUAUUAGUGUUUGGGACAUUGUUUGUAUAAUGUAUUUUGUAAUAAAUAAACAAAACAAACUAAAAUAU